UGCAAAUACUUUCUUCAUGCGCGACGCUAUAAAAGCCAGAAUACAUGGAGCGAACUUUCACGACGAAGUUCGGGCGGCAGAAAAUCUGCCACGCCGCGACGCCGUAUGUUCGUCGGGCUGCGCUACAUGGAGCGAAGACACGGCGGCCGCCGCCGUGUACAUGCUUGAAGUCCAGUGAGCCAUAAAUGGACCGAAGUUGGGGCGUAGCUGGUGCCGCCAGCCUCACCGCCUUCUUUACGGUGGUGAUGAUGAUGAAUUCCGGGUUCUUCUAUGUCUCCUUCAUUGAAGAAUUUGGAGUUGACAGACAGGCAGCCUCAUGGCCCGCCAGCGUCAUGUCAAUUGUGUCACACUCGUCAGGUCUGCUAGUUUCAUGCGCUCAGCGGCACCUGUCUGUCUUCCAGCUCGGUCUCAUUGGCAGCAUCUUCCUUUGGGCAGGAAUCCUGGGAGCUGUCUUCGCUCCCAAUAUGGCCUGGAUGACCGUGACGCUGGGUGCAAUCCAUGGUGUAGGCGUGGGAAUCGUCUGCGUGACUCUGGUCAUAGUAGUCAUGAUGUACUUCGACAAAUACCGUGGUGUAGCCAGUGGCCUGAAGUUCGCCGGAUACACUCUGGCUUCGCUGCUGUUUCCCACAAUACUCACAUCGCUGAAGGAUGCCUAUGGGUUCAGAGGAUCUAUGCUCGUGUACGCUGCGAUCACAAUGAACGUGACAGCUCUGACGCUGCUCUUGAAAGAGCCACCGUGGGAAAUAAAUGCUGGGAACCGUAAGAUCGAAAAAUCCAAGGAAGAAAGCGGGAGCAUUUCCUCGAUUACUGCUGCCCCUCUGGAUAGCGCGGGUUCGAAUUCCUUGGCGUUUCGAGAAGGUGCUGGACUUGCAAAAUCUAUAAGCGCAGUGAGCUCUCUCAUACCAAACGGCGUUGGUGUGGUAGGCUCUAUUCACAACCGGGUAACGAAUUCAGAAGUACCAGGGAUGCUUGCGUGCAACAGUAGCAAUGAGCACCCCGCGGAGAAUCCAAAUAACAUAAACCUUUUUAAAACCUGGAUUCACAGUAUUAAGUUUCUGAGAAAGCAAGAAAGCACAAACCAGACGGCUGGCGUGGAAAAUGGAAGCAAUGGAAAGCGAACAGCAACGAUUGUGAGUAAAGGUAAUGCAUCAAAUGAAGCAAACCAGUGUACUUCGCAGAAGCCUCAGCGCUGUUGUUCGUCGUUUGGAGAAGUCGGCAACCUGUUAACUAAGCCUAGGUUUUACGCUUGCGUGUUGGCGGUCGUGGCGAUGGACUACACGAUGGCCGUCUUUCCAGCGACCAUAGUGGACUACGCGCUUGACAAAGGGUCAUCUCGCAGACACGCUGACCUUUCUGUGACCUACUGCUCACCAGCCGAGCUAUUUGGUCGUAUUGUGCUUCCGCUAAUCGGUGACUGCAGGUUCGUGAGCAGGACAACAUUGGUAUCGGCGUGCUUCUUCCUGCUCGCCGCGACUAUGCUGGCCCUACCAGCGACUCCUUCCUUCCUGGCUUAUAUUCUCGUGUGCGCGUGCGCGACAAUGUUCACGGCUUGCUUGCUUGCCAUGAAACCCGUGGUGAUUGCCGACUACUUCGGCAUCGAGAGCAUCGCAACUAGCUGGGGUUUUGCUGGAGUGACGCUGCUGCCUCUGCUCCUGUGUAGCCCAUAUAUUAUCGGGGCAUCUGUACGCCUUUGCCAUGUACGUGGAAAAAAAUAAGGAUCCUGAGGGUGAGCCAGUGCCGUGUGUUUGGACCUUUCUGGCUUCUUCGCGGAGGCAAUUUGUCUCUUCGGCCUCCGAUUCACUAACACGGGACCCCUAGACUGACCCAUCCGGAGGAAACCGGUAGUUAUUGCCUGAAAACAUGGUUUGUACCCACGACGGGGAUAGGCCACGCUGGAUUAAUUGAAAAAAAAACGCAAAGAUAACAAAAGCGGUGAAGGCAAACAUUCAAAACGAAGCAUCAGGUAACACAUGAUAACAUAGUUCCUGGUUCAUUAAGAAAAGAGCAGAGGUUAGUGCUGGGUAAACCAGAUACAUGAAAGUAAAAAUUAGGGUGCGGAACUCUACGACGAAAGCUUGAGAACAUUACCUCGCGUUGUGAAAAAAACAAUUGAUGUUGUUUCACAGAAAUUUUAUAUGUCAUAAGUCGUUUGCGGAAUGUAGCGAUGAUUUAUUCCGAUUCAGAUACAAGAUGCGUUUAAAUAUAGUUGCUGUUAUAACACAGAAACCUUGAAGAACACUUAAGACCAGACCUUUUAGUGACGACGGUGCGAGCGAGUCAGAUGAUUCAUUUAAAAAGAUUCAACUAUGUCCGGCGAACGAGUCAAAGCGGGCUUCAGAAAAAUAGUCAGGGGCAAGAGUAGAAAAUAUUCAUCACGUGUGACGGAUUAUUUCAAUUUUAACUGCGUACAGAUUGAAAGUGCAUCUGUAGCAAUGUACGUGGACCCAAUUUUCUGAUGGCCAGCAGAGUUGCAAGAAAUUCAAGAAAUGUUGGGGUGUAAUCAGCGAGACGGAGAUCAAAAGGCCAGUUAAGCUGAUUGAAAAAGAUUCCAAGCCCGGCCUUCACAAAAUUUUGCGUUGCGUCUGUAGAAAUAACCAAGUCAGAGGAAUUAAGAUGAUCUGAAGAAUACAUUAAGUUCAGGCAGUGGAGGAAGUUUAGCGUGUUAUUGAAAAAUAUAAUCAAAAAUCAGUUUCUCCUACAACGAAUUUCUUUUUGGAUAAAUCAGGAACUGCAGAGAACUUGAAGUUUUGAUAACAGCGCCCAAAGAAAAUAUAACAAUUUCACUCAAUAUUACGAUACUUCCUACUACAAAAUUUGAGCGCAGCUGUUCGUGUUUUCAUUUCGCGUUAUAUUGUUUGGCGCGGACAAUGUCUCGUGCGGCACGUUGCAAACGGAGCGGUUUGCGGUGCGACUGCCACGCUAAUCGGCAGAUCGCGAGAGGUAGCGCGUGGGUGACGCGUGUGCCCGAUUCACAGAGGCCGCAACAGACAGACUUUCGCUCACGCAGUGCCUGUUUCUGUAUAUGGUAUGGGUGACUUCAUCCUUGAACAGAUGACGCGCUCUACUCCGGCGCCAUUUCGUAGCCAUCGUGGCCGCACAGCCUAUCUUGGGUGGCACUACGUUUUUAUUCUCCCACUUUCACCAUUUCCUCCUCCUCCGCUUUGCUCCUCGCACUGUCUUCGCUAUCGGCGUCUUUCAUCAUUCGCUGCGCUCAUUCGCUCUGUUACGAGGACGUUUACGGCCGACGCCGACGCUCGCCGCAGAAACGGGCUUCUAAGAGCUGUGCUCUAAAAAAUGUUUGUCGCUGUCGCUAGCGCGCCAACAUGUUCUGAAAGCGAAAUCUGGAGAAUUGAUGAAAAAUGAUUGCAAGCGGGAGAGGAAUGCAUUGCAAAGCUUUAGGAAAGUCAGGACAGUAAGUCGCUUCAAUCUCGACUCAUGCAGAAUAAUUCUAGCCUCCAGAUAAAGCACAAUCUUAGGCACAAAACUUGGCAGCCCAUGACAAGGACGCAGCGUUUGCCUUUGCUGUUGUCAUAAAAGUCUUAGCUUGUAUGUUGCACAUCCUGAGAAAAAACACAGCCAGAAUUGAGAAUGGGAUGGACGUAAAGAUUAUAGAUCAUUAGUAGCGUAGUCCUAUGAAUACUUGUGUUCUUAUUGUUGAACAGGCGCAAUAUUCCCAUUGCACACAUCCCCCUUCUUGCAUUUGCUUUAAUUUGAUUCUGCCAGUUUAGCUUAAUGUAGUCUCGAACAACAGAGUUUUCUAAUCCAGAAAUUAAAAUGACAUGUUGGGCACUGUCUAUGAUUCUGCAUUAUCUAUAGUUACGAAUUUGUGAUGACAGAUUCCUCGCGUGUGAGUUGUUAAACUGAGGCAGAGCCUCAGUUCAGGAAAGACCACGUCAUUUGUUCAAAAAACAAAAAACAGACAUUUGAUACCCGAGUGAAAAAAUGUGAACCAGAAUCUACGAGAAUUGUUGUACGCUAUUAUUGCUCCAUAGACUGUACGAUUUCUCGACGAUUGAACGUUUUCUCGUUCUACACAUGUGUAUGAGAUUGCGUUCUUGACAAUGAACGAGAUUCUCAUACAUCAUGAAUGAGUUUGUUUGUACGAGCUGAGUGCUUACAAGAUGAACGACCUUGUACGACCUGCAAGACUCCUGUACAUAUUUACUAUAACAAUUUAAAUGGAAUUCGUAUAAGUGGUACUACAUGCAUGAUCACUUGUGCAGACCUUACUGCAGCAGUGUCUUGCUGUAAUGGUUUGUUCACAAUUCUACGGGAAAGAGUAAUACUGAGAUGCAAUAUCAGAUGCAGUAAUGCCUUGUACUUGUAAAUAAAACAGUAUACAGGUUCAUUUGCAUAGCCAUUCAAGUUUUCAUUAAUAGUGAUGUCCUCUGAAUUUAAGCAACAGCAUGCCAUUCAUCUCACAAGUGUUGUUUAUUGGAUCUUCCAAUGGUACUUUGAUACAACCAGUUUGCUGACAGAUGACCAUUGGAAUGUGUUCCUUGAGUGAGAGCUUGCAGGGCCCUUGAAAAAGUAAAGCCAGCCAUUUCUUUUCACUUAUGCGAUAAGAUACCACAUAGGCAAAAGCAGUUUUGCUUAAAUUCAUACAGGUAAAAGUUCUCCAGCGUUCAGAACAUAUAGGAUACUCAACAAAGUUUAGUAAAAAGAAGUGUUUUUCUGCAAUGUUUAUGACUUCUAAAUGAACAUAUAUUACUGUGGUAGAAUAACCUGUCAUAUUAACAGGUCACUAGAACAAUCCAUCACCCUAAAAAAAAGAAAGGAACACUCUUUGAUCAAACAUAAUUGCUAGUAUUGAAGCAACAGAAGUAACAAGCCUACAAUGUAAUUUUAGAAAGCAUCACAAACAGGUCCAGCAAACUAAAUAACUUUGAAACUUCCCCUGUGGCAGCAACGUAAAAACCCUGGUGGCGUACUGACAUUGACAUUGCACAGCUUAGCCAAAUGGCGCCGGAUAAUAUCCCGGCCAGAAUGCCCGCAUUUCGAUGGUGGCAAAAUGCAAAAACAUAAGGUGCAUUUUGCACACAUUAAAGAACGUAGGGUGUCCCUCAUAAUCAUAUUGUGGUUUUGGCAGAUAAAACUCCAGAAUUUAAUUUACUUAGGGCAAAUAGUAUAUGCAUAAGGAAAAAUGCUUCUACAGAAUCAUCUGACACCAGCUAUAGUUAACAAAAUUUCAUACUUUCUAAAGUAAGAAAUUGUCAGAUGACUUGAGCAAAUAUCUAUUUGUGCGAAAAUUAUUGCCAUUUGUUUUAUAUGGCCCAUCCUGCCCUACUUUCUUUUUAACAAAAUUAUAUGUGCAGUGCAGGUGCUCACUACACCUAAAAAAUUUGGAGCCACUCCUUAAAGUCCAUGGUAUUGUUUCAAGCAACAGCACAAGUUUGCUUUACGAUUGUUAACCUACGCAAAUGAUUUUCACACUUCUUGACAUCACGGACUCCUGCGUAGAAUCACUAGUGACACUUGACUUUUUUUUAUCUGUUGUUGUCCACAAGAUGAUGCUGGUGAAGACAUUAACCUGAGUUAACAAUUGUUAAUGCAUCCUGUUUCAUAAUGAUGAAUUUAGGGUCACUGACCCAAGUCAAGCCAACAGAGCUUCUGUUCUGGCAGGUUAAGUUCAUGGCCUUGCCUCAGAAAGAACUUACUGUUGGCAGGCUCCGUGGUGCAGGUCACUCUCGUCAGGAUUGGGUGAAUUGCCGCAGUGUUGAUUCCUUUGUGCAGAAUGGCAGUUUCAGGUUUAGUGGGCUUGUAGGAAGACAACCUCAAUAUAACUUUGUAGUUUCAACGGGCUCUUUUGGUUUUAAUACAUCAGGUUUUCUUGAAACUGUCUGCACAGGUGGUCUUUUAGUGUCGCCGUGAAGUUGACAUUUAGCUGUAUGUCCUAGAAGACACAAAUAAUGAUCUGCUAUAGUUCACUCCUUGCAAAGAACGCUCGAGUUUCCAAGCCCUUCAUUUUCUGUCAGUACUGAGCUCUUGCUAGCAGUAAUUUCUUCCCAGCUAGCCGAAUUAUCUUGAGGCAGCACGCUGACACUACCGAUGCCUUCAACUGACUUUUUGGAUUAACAUUCUUUGCUUUGCAGGCCUGUUUGAAGGAAAGUUGGCACUUAUAGAUUUAUAUUCUGGAUGCGAGUGAGACGAACCAGUAAGUCUCCGUUACAAUGUUCUCUCAAAAUGUUCGGUAGAAAAUGUUGUCAAGGGUUCGAGGAAAAUUCAUCUACUUGCGUAACAUGAUUUGUGAAGUUACGGACACUGACAAAGUAAAUGAUUAUCAUCACGUUAGAGACGAGACAAAUUUUCAUCAAACAUUUACCUCCUACAGAACAAAACAGAAUAUGCAACCAAGAUCAGAAUAGCCAGCUGUGUGUGCCACCUUUUCUUCAACCACACUUGCACAGCCAGGGGUCUUAUUAACUUGAAAAUUCUGUAUUUGAAGACCUCAGUAGCGUCAGUUUGGUGCCUUAAAAUAAUUCAGCAAGCUGAGAAGAAACUACUGAUAGCACAAGUAUGCCAAUAGAAAAUAAAGGGCACCAAAGCUGACCCCUUCAUUGCAAUGGACCAAAUAAAGGGCCAUUGUUCCCGACUUUCGGGAUGCACAACUUCAUGGCAACUUGAUGCCGAUGCUAAGGAAGCACUAGUGAAGACAGUUGCAAGAAAAACAAACUUUAUUCCCUUAGACAAAUUCACCCACUCAAAGCACAGAAGUUAUGUUUAACGCAUCUUCCUACAACUACAUAGAACCCAAUGCUGUUUUGGGCAAGGGAACAAAUAUUAACACUGGUACCUUGCCACAUUCAAUGAGAGUCAUUUCCGCUAUGAAUGGUGCCAUUAGUACGCUUCCUUCCAAAAAUGAGGCCCACGCCUGGACCUUUAGUUCACUGUACAAAUUGCACAAGCAUAUUCCACAAGCUUGUCUGCCUUAGUGUGAGCAAAAAACCCGUAUGGGGCUCCAAAAACCAUCGAAUCAAUGAACGCAAACCCAAACCAACAAACCUAGUGCUGAGAAAAAUAGCCUCAAGUCGGCCUUUCCUUCAAUUCUUUCUCGGCAUGGCACAAGCUUGCUUUGCUAUGUAGGCACGUAAAUAAUGAACAGGUAUGCAUCACUACCUGUGUGAAAAAGCAUGCAAAAAAGAGUACGUAUAGCACAGAGGUGUUGAUGGAUAUUAAAUACCACUGUAAUGCACGCAGUAGACACUACGUUGGAAAACAAGGCUAACGUAUAAAUGACUAGAUUUGCAAUCAUGUCAACUUGAUGCUCAGGUCAUUUGGCGGUCACUCGGUAGGGCACAGCUAACUUGAAUUACUUUGAAAACUGUGCAACUGUGGCAAUGUAUCAGUACCAUAGGGCUGGCGAGAUUUGUGUUUUUCCUUAUAUGUGUGACAAGGAAUCUGCGAGUUGGCUCCCCCUCCAGAGGAUCAUCAGAUUGCGCCUGCUUAUUUAUAAUUGUAAAAAAGUGUCAUAGUAGCCAUGCCAUGUGUCCUUUCCUCUAUUGUGUGAGCAACAUGCAUUGUUGAUUUAUCUGUUCUUGCACUUUCGCCUCUGGCUUUAUAUUGCUGUGCAAGCAAUAAAAUUGGAUGGUUGUUAGACUG